AUGAACGAGUAUUCUGUUGAAGAUUUCGAAAAAUAUUUACAAAACGGGAAAAUUAUAUUUCUUUAUGAUGGAUUAUGCAAUUUAUGUUAUGGAACAGUUAAAUUCUUUUAUAACAGAAAUCCUUCAAAGUUUGAGUUCAUAAAUCUGUAAAGCGUUAUAAAUAACAAUUAGUUGGUAGAAAUAUUUUAAAUUCCUACUAGCUUAAAUGCUGUGACAAUCAUUAAAGGUGCUUUUAAUUCAACUCAAAAUAACUAAAAUCAGCUUUAAAAACCUUAUAGAAUUCUAUAUAAAUCGCAAGCAAUACAAGAGUGUCUUAAAGAAUUAAAAUAACCAUGGUGCAUUAUAGGAUUUAUUAUUUAAUUAAUCCCUUUAACUGUUAAAGACUUCAGUUAUGAUUUAAUAGGUAGAUUUAGAUAUAAAAUAUUCGGAAAAAGUGAUUAAAUAUGUUAAAUUUAGAGAAAAUAAAAGUGA